AUGGAUGGUGCGAAGAGUGUUUCUACUCCAAUGUCCUCUUCCAUGCCUUUGGUUGUUCAUGAUGGGAAGCCUGUAGUAGAUGCUACUGGUUUUCGUAGGUUAGUCGGGUUGCUUCCAUAUUUGUCUGUCACUAGACCAGACAUUGCUUAUGUGGUUAAUUCCAUAUCUCAACACAUGCACUUGUCAAAGGAACAUCAUUGGGUUGUGAUUAAGAGGUUACUUCGUUAUCUGAAGGGAACUAUAUUUCACAGUUUGUUGUUGCGUGGCUGCUCGGGUUUAUCAUUGACAGCUUUUUCAGAUUCUGAUUGGGGAGGUAAUAGAGACGAUGAUCGCUCUACUACUGGUUUUGUUAUUUAUCUUGGUCCUAAUGUCAUCUCCUGGAAGUCCGUUCGUCAGAAGACUGUGUCUAGGUCUUCAACUGAGGCGGUGUAUCGUGCCUUGGCAAGUUCGACUGCUGAGACAAUUUGGGUGAGAAUUGAGAAAUCUAUUAUAUGA